AUGCCAUCUCCAAAGCCCGUCAGCAAUAAGGUCGCCGACCGCCCUAUUCCCCUGUCGCACUUCGCCUCCAAGAACAUCCCCAAGAGCAACCACCGACAUCCUCACUACCUCACCUUUAUCAUGUUUUCAAUCGGCGUCAUAGGAUUCGUGCUUCUCGCUCAUGGCCUGUUCUAUGGCCUUUUUUCUUCGGGUCUUUUGGCGGCGCCGGCUUUACCUUCGCUUGAGGAUCACCCAGACGAGGUAUGGGAUCAUGUUGCUCCCUUCAUCUUCGACUCAGUUCAGGGCCUUCUUAAGCAAUGGCCUAACUCGUACGCCCCGAACGGUCACUCUGUCGUUGCCGGUACUUUAGAACCGGCAACGGUCUUGUAUCAUGCCAAGCAUGGCGCCGGGCCUCCGGAGAAACCCACCUUCUUCGCUUUUGAUGCCGAAAUGUCGGUAGGCAUUUAUGGAGGAUUCGGCGAGUCUCGUCUGCACGUCUACGGUACAACUCGUACCCUUAACAUUAUCUACUUGGAUGGCCAGUCGGCGACUUUGACUCCCGCAGGAACUCUCGACUCGCAGAUGGCGCUUCUCCAGGGAAGUGUGCCCAAGUCUCCAUCUUACGACCUUACAUACGACGACGAUCAAAGGGCGAUUGAUCUGUGCGCACUCGUCGCUGAACUCGGGAUUGAUGGUGUUGUCCGCAUGAACGCUGGAUUCGAGGUGCUCAUAUGUGACUAUUCGGCCGCUAAAGUUGAAGAGAUAUUUGUCACUAAUAUCACAGUGCCUGGAAACAAGGAGAAUGAAAACAACGAUUCUCUUCCACGGGAUCCCAACCGCCAGCCUCCCCGAGGUUUCGGCAAUAUUUUCUCGGAGCAAGGCUCUUACGAGUGGCUCCGGAGUGCCACCUGGCACUACGGAGCCUACGGUGGGGGAGGUCCAUCAGAGAGGAGAGUCAAGCUCGACGUCUGCCGCCUCAUGUCCUUCUACGACCCUGACCUCUCCAGUCUCGUUCACUCUCACCAUGGAGGUAUCGUCGGAAAUCAGACUUAUCAAAAUGGAUGGGGCCUACGUCGCGGCCAUCGAUUGAUUGGAAUCAAUACCCAGGAUGUUGAACUCGCUCGAUCGUGGUUAAAGGAAAUAACGUCGCCCAAGUUUAAAAAUACACUGUGCUCCGGUAUUGACUGGCAUUCACUCUUCACAGUCAUUCGCGCUCAGCAUGGGACUCGUGCCAAAGAGAUUGGGGCAGCGUUUUUCUGGGAUUACAGCACUGAGAGUGCUGCCAUGGAAGUAGUUACCAAGAUUCAUGAGCUGACUCACGCAAUGCUUGCUCCGUACCUGGAGUAUGAAGUUUCCAACCAGGCUACGACGACGAAGGAACAGACUAUUUCCCGAUGCACAUCAGUAUAUACAAAGUUGAUUGACCCGAAAAGCUUAGCAAGGUCUGAAAAGCUAUUGUUCAAGUCAUUCAAGGUCGUAAUUCAGAAGCUGUGCCAGUGGGAGUGGGAUCUUUUUGAAUGGAGCGAAAGACAUACGACGAACUUCCUUGGUUUUGAACAAGACUUGGGUUCUCUUUCGAUCCAGGAUGAGAUUCUUAAGCAAAGAAAGUCCACCGAAGAUCUACUCGCGUGGAUUGGCUGGGACACAUGGACUGAAUGUGACCGCCAGUGCGCUAUAAAUGAGCUCUGUACUAUUCCAACGUGGCCUGUUAUAUAUGCACCAGGUCUUCCGCAGGGAGGUAUCUACGCAGGAAACAGUUCCAGGCUUACCGAAGAGGAAAUGCGCGAGUUUUGGCGGCCAAAGUGCGUCAAUAGAACCGACUUUGACCGUGGUGGGGGUCGCGGGAGAGAGCCUGUCUAUCAGUUCCCUGAUGUACCGCCCUACAUCUAA